CCACCGGAGGAGGUGGAUCACAUUUACUCGGUACAAAGAAAGGAGUGUUAGGGGAAGGCGGUCUGCUUUCAGUAUUAACAGAGUGGCAUCUUGUGCAGGGACCAGAUGAGGAGAAAGAGCCACCAGAGACAACAGGGCUGGCAAAUAGUGCGUGGUGGCUGUGUUGGGUGCAGUUGUUAGGAGUAAAGAAGUGAGAGCCGCGAGGAGAGUGACGAGGCGGCGGGCCUGUGGAACCCCGAGAAACUGGAACCUCGUUAGUGCAAACUUCCCUCCAAAUACACCCAUCUCGAAAAUAAAAAGUGUGUUGUGAUACGCGUUACACGAAGAACAAUACUGUGAAUGAAGAUAGUCCUUAAGUAUGAUAUUUUAUCCCACGUGUUAGUGCCGAAUUCACCGAGUCCCGAUUAUAAAGUAGAGCCCUCGCUAAGUUCAUUAUGUCAAAUUCUGGAGGCGACAUGGCGAAAGGUGAGGCUCAGCUGUGUGGGGUGGCGGCGAGGGGCGUGACACAAGCCUACGGUGUGCAGCAAAGUGAGCAUCAAACCUUCGCAGUGAACAGACACGUCUCCCAGCCGUCUGAUAUGGAUAGGGGGACUUAUCAGACGUACAGCAUGGGGAAAGACGCACAUCAGUCCUAUGACAUGACAAGAGACGUUGGCCAACACUUCGAAAUCCCCCUAAACGCGGCGCCGUCAUUCGACAUGACGAGGAACCUUACUCAAACGUUCCAGGCUGCGAGAGGAGUCCAGCCGCAGUUCGAGAUGAACCGCGGCGGCGUUCAGCUUCAGUGCGACAUGUCUAGGGGCGUCUCUCACCCCUUUGAGCAGCAAAGAGUCGGUAACGCCCUCUAUGACAUGGCGCGAGCCCCUCAGGGAUAUGAGACGGACCGAGGCAACCACCAGUAUGAGAUGCCGAGGACACAGCCUUAUGAGGUGAGGGUGACCCAUCCUCUGCAGACUCAGCAUCAGUAUAAUUACGACAAAGGCUACCAGGAUAGUAUUCAGGACCAGGAUACGAGCCUAGCCAAGGGAGACCAACCCCAGUUCCUUCUCGAUGCCAAGCAGAAUAUGGAGAUGCCUCUGAAAAUGCCAAAGACGGCUCCUCAGCGCACAGUGAGAGCAAAAGCAGGACAGAAAACGUCGGGGCAUCCCUAUGACUUCGCCAAGGGUUAUGCACAACAACUAGAAAUGGCAAAAAAGGCAGCCCAGAGCACUAUUCAAGCCAAACUAAUGGCACAAAAGAAUGAGAAAGCGCGGCAAGAGGCAGCGCUGGCAGAGAAAACAAAACACAUUACAGAGGAAACUAAGUCAAAAGGUAACACCCAACCAUCGGAAAUCCUGAAACUAUACGCCCAACAGCUGCAGACGGUAAAGAAAGCCACCAAGUCCUUGGGGGCGGGUAAAAUGUCCACCAGACAGUUAGUGGAUACAGGGCCAUCGAAAGGGGAGGAAUACCCAAAGAAACAGUAUUCUCACUUAGAGUCUCAGGAAAGACCAAGGAGACGUAAGGAUUCAGUCCGUUCAUGUGAGACCAUGAAAGACGAAGAGGAUGUUGCUGGCAACAAGGACAUGACAGCGGAUGACGUGGAGGACGACAGUGAACACAUGGAUGAAGGAGAUCCACCGCCUUUCGAAAUGGCCAAGUAUAUGGUCGAGUUGUCCAAGACAAGAACAAAUUGUAUAAGAGAACGUCAGAACUGUGAUGUUGCCGAUGUCACCACCGUAAGGGAGGAGACCCCGCGCACACCAACAGAGGCAGCCAACCCUUCAAGCCUUCCAUUCUCGGUGGAGCUGAUGAAGAGCCUCACUCAAUCGUUCAGAGGUGCGAGUGCCAAAGGGGUUGGGGGAGCCAGGGCCGAACGAGACCGGCAGGAACUAACCAUUGCUAACAAAGCGAAGCUGAUCCAGCAAGUGGAGGCUCGCGGCGCCAAGAAGAAGGCUGAUAUUGCAAGGGAGUGGGGAGUGAGACCGUCCACCCUUUCAACAAUCAUGAAAAACAAGGACAAGAUCCUGACACAGUUCAAAUCACAGCGCUACGCUGCUGGGCGUCGACGGAUGCGCACAGCUGCGUACCCAGACGUAGAGGAGGCGCUGCUAACAUGGUUUCGGCAUGCGCGUGCUGCGGGUAUCCCCAUCACGGGUCCGGUGCUGCAGGGCAUGGGGGUCACGCUAGCACAGGAGCUCGGCCACCCAGAGUUUUCGUGCAGUGUUGGCUGGCUGGACAGGUUCAAGGCUCGACACGGCCUUUCCUUCAAUCCAAAGAACAGUCAGGAUUCAGGCACAGUGGGCACCUUCAAUGAACCACCAGACCAAGUACCUAGUCCCACGGCGUCCUCUCCAAACGAAUCUGACACUGACACGAACACAUCUUCCCAUUCCUGGUUUCCCCCUGCCAUGCCAGCCGUGGCCACUGGAGUUACUUUGGACCUGACAGAAAACUCUUCUCCGUCUUGGGUUUCUAAUACUGUAUCAGGUUUGAGCAACAAUUCUGAGGAGACAGAGGAGCAGCUGAGCAAGUGGUUGCCAGUAGACAUGGCAGUGGAGGAGUGCAGCGACUCAGAGGCUGCUGAGGACCCGGCCGGUACAUGGCUCAGCGACAUCAUUCCUGCACUGCUGAAGGAUAAGCAGCCAAAGGACAUCUUCAGCGCGGGUGAGACGGCUCUCUUCUACAACCUGCUACCCGACAGGUCUCUGGUAGUGAAGGGCGAGGAUGGACACAGAUGGACUUGGGUUAAGGAGAGGAUCACAGUACUGGUGGGGGUAAACAUGGAUGGCAGUGAAAAGCUCCCGCUCUUCGUUAUCGGCCAGAGCCCGACCGGUAAGGUAAAGGGUGAUACAGAACCAGUGGAUGUGUUUCCUCUCCCCUUUGAGACCAAUGACUCUGCAUUGAUGACGCCCGUUUUGUUCGAGGGAUGGCUGCGGCAGCUGAACCGGCAGUAUCGAGCCUCCAAUAGAACAGUUUCUAUAAUCUUGGAGAACUGCCCAGCACACUCUAGUUCAGAGGACCUCAGUAACGUUGACCUGGUGUUCUUGCCCGCCGACACUUCAUCCAGGCUACAGCCCGUGGAGAGGGGCGUGAUUCACACGCUCAAGAGUUUGUAUCGCCGCUCGUUGCUGGAAAGGCUUGUCGACGCCCUUGAGGCCGGCCGCAGCUACGAGAUAACACUUCACGAGGCCAUGGAGUUGCUGCAACGAGCAUGGAAGAAAGUCAAAAUGGAGUCAAUCGUAGAGAGUUUCAAACUGGCGGGGCUGGAAGCUGCUCAAGACCCGGCUGAUGGUGCAGGGCCAGGUGGGAAAGAUGUAUUGGCGCUGUUGGAGCGAGCCCGCCGCUCAGGUCUUGAUAUUCCAACAGAUGUCACAUUUGAGUCCUACUUGAAAGUGGACAGUAAAGUGCAGACAACGGUGGAGCAAGAGAGAGAGUCCAAAAUACGCGUCAGUAGCAAUGGUGCUGCGGACCCCACGUCCCCCGGUGAGGCCUUGCAAGCCCUUGCUACUCUUCAGAAGUUCAUCGAGGAGCAGGGUGGGCCUGGCUCCCUUCUGGACCAACUGGCAGAUGUUUUAAGUUGGGUGGCCAAACACAUAGUCAAACCAGAAGUCUCAAUAACAGAGUGAGAGGCGACCAUUAUCAAUAUGGUUUCAUGCGAGAUGUGAUUCUGUGAGAGUUCAGACUUCAGAGAAUCAGACCUGACGCCACUUGGCCCUUCGCCCUCAUACUAAAGGUUCUGACCUAUUGAAUUUUCAUCAAAAUAACGAUGAAUGAACAGGGGAACCUCAAGAACCGAAAAAGUCAGACCAAUAACUGGAAAGACAUCACGCUUGACUGAUUCUGUAAAACUCAUGGAGGGUUGCAGAAGCAGCAGCAUAAUGAGGAGGGGGUAAAAGAAAGAUGAAUGCUGGCUAAGGAUGCAUUUUCCACUGCAUUUGGCAUGGAAGUAUGAGCAAUGCAGCUGCAAAACUCAACAAUCUCGUGAAAAUCAAUACAAGUCACCGAAGGACUGGAGGACGUAGGCACUCCGAGGUUUCCAUGCGUGAAGACGAAGUAAGGUUUCGUCUACAGAAGGCUAGUGAAAAUUGUAACUAGCUCUUAACAAAUGCAUCAGGGAAGUGUCAAUAGGUGACCAACAUUCUCAUGCUGAAGUAAAUCCGCAUCAGAGGGAAGCUGAAGGAUGAGCUUUCUAACAGCCUCACUAUGCCACACUGUCUUGGGCAGCUUGGGUGCCAUCAUCAGUGUGAAGAGCAUGGAGAAGCUCAGGGCUCGGAUUCACUAACGCCUCACAGAUACGACAGUCUUGAGUGGAUCCAAUAUGGCGGAGAUAAGAAUCGUAUCUUGCGAUUCACAAACACUUCUUAUGUUUGUCAUGUUUAGAUUUUCCAAUCAGAGGAACCACAACACCAGUGCAGCACGUGGCCCUGUGCAGAAGAAAUCAACUCUGUCAGUGACAGAGACAGGCGCUGUCUGUGACAGAGGCAGGCGAUGUUGCCUGCCCCAUCGGGAGUAUGGAGAUGAAGUGAGGAGGUUCAGGAGGCUGAGUGUCACCUGAAAGCAUAACGGAUGCUACAACACCUAACAGUCCAUAUGUCUGGGCUGUGGUGCAGCACAAGAUCCUUAAACUUCCAGACAGGAGAAACAAGAUGGACAAGACCAAGCAUAUAUUACUGAAUAGUUUGCAGAAAUUUGUAGAUUUCCUUGAAUAGUCUCAAUCAGAAUGACUGCAAUAGCUGGAGCUUUUCAGAACUUUGCUGAAUAUUACAGAGCAUGAAAUUUUUCUAUUCUUAUGCAACACUAAAGGCUUGUUUUUUUCAAACAUGUUUUGUAUUUGUAAUUUAUUUUAUUGUUUUCUAUAGGAAAUUGCCUUUAAAAAUAUUUCUUAAUAACAGGCUGUGAAGAAUUAUUCCAAAUAGUACACACCACCGAUGCUAUAUGCUAUACAUGUUUCUAAGUGUAUAGUAAGCUCAACCACAUCGUCCGGCAGUUAUUUUUUAAGAAGUCAGAUCAUUUGUCACCUUUUUUUUUUUUUUUUUUUUACAAUUUAGGUUGCAAUUCUUUAAUUAUAUUAGUAUAGAAGUCAUUGUAUAUAUAUAUAUAUAUAUAUAUAUAUAUAUAUAUAUAUAUAUAUAUAUAUAUAUAUAUAUAUAUAUAUAUAUAUAUAUAUAUAUAUAUAUAUAUAUAUAUAUAUAUAUAUAUAUAUAUAUGCAGUCAGAUUAAAUGAUUUUCAAAAGCAUUUUAGUCAAGUCAAUUUCAGGCUCAAAGUAUAUAAUGUGUGUGUGUGUGUGUCAUGUCCUGGGAAGCCCAAAACUUCUCUCAAGACUGAUGACUCGAGAAAGAGCUUGAUUUCCAGCUAUUUCUUGAGACCCAGCAGAGUUGUGGAAAUUUUCUAGGCCUAGCAGAAUGUUUUGACAGUGGGCAGUGCCAUGUCUUUGAAGAACUCCACCGAGUUCGCAGCAAAACACACCUAUACACCAAUUUGCCUGAUGAUUUUCUAUAGUUUAUUGCCAGUACACUAUUUAACAUUUAAAUAUUUACAAAUGUAUUUUUUACUGCCCACUUUCAUUAUGUUCUCAAUUAGUGCCAGCAACAUAUGAGUCAGUACUUUAGAAAGGUUAGGUUACAUAAAUGAAAACGUACGUAUUUCAGUUAAAUAAAAACUAUUUUAUUGUUAAUGCCAAAAAAUAAAUUUAAUUUCAA